AUGUUCUCUAAUUCCGCACUAUUUCCCCACUGGCGUCGCAAAGCAGCCGAACGCUCCAGCAGCAGCUCUUACGAGGUGCCCUUUUACUUGAAUGCAGCCUACUACCCUAAUUGGCGUAUCUAUCAGAAACAGUCCCCCUCGUCGCUGCGACUGGGAUUUGUCUCGCAUAUAUUCUACGCAUUUGCCUGGGUCAAAGAGGAUGGUACUGUAUAUUUGAGCGAUGAAUGGGCCGACACACAAAUGCCCGUGGACGGCACGACCGGCUGCCUCCGAGCUUUUGCGCAGUUAAAGCCGAAGUAUCCAAAGUUGAAGUUGAUCCUUUCAAUCGGCGGCGCCGGCAAGGGCAGUGAGAAUUUUGCCCGCGUGGCCCGCAGUCAAUCCUGCAUGGAGACUUUUGGACGGACAGCCCGAGCACUGGUGGACGAGUAUGGUCUUGACGGUGUAGAUGUGGACUGGGAACACCCCGCGGACGCCCAUCAAGGCGCCGAUUAUAUCCGCCUCCUCGCUCAAAUCCGCAAGUCCCUCCCGACCCCACGCUACAUCUUAACAUCGGCCCUCCCCGCCUCGCCCUGGUUCUUGCGACAUAUCGAUCUCUCCAAAGCUCAGGCCUACCUUGACCUUCUGAACAUCAUGGCCUACGACUUCACCGGGCCGUGGACGUCCGAGACGGGCCACCACGCCCAACUCAUCUGCCCACCAGGCCCCAACGCUCACUCCAGCAAUACCCUGUCCUGCCAAUCCGCCAUCUCCUACAUCCUCAACAACCACCCUAUCGAUCCCAAAAAGCUCCUGUUGGGAGUCCCCGUUUACGGCCGGUCAUUCCUGGGUUCGUCCGGCCCGGGCCAGCGAUACACAGGCUGCGGCGGCGAAGACGGGAUAUUCGACUACUGUGACCUUCCCAGACCUGGCGCGAGGGAAGUCGUGGAUGAGGAAGCGGGCGCGGCGUACUGUAUCGGCGGUGAGGACGGGGGAUUUGUCACGUACGACACGCCCCGCACGGUGCAGUUGAAGGCGAAGUUCGUGACCAGGAUGAAACUGGGGGGACUGUUCUACUGGCAUAUUGGUGGGGACAAGAGUGGAGCAAAGGGGAGGAGCUUGGUAGAGGUCGGGUAUGAGAGUCUGCAUGAUAUGUAG